AUGGCAGCUGAGAAGACCGAAGUUGCUCAACACGAACUGAUCUCUGCGGCCGUACAGAGCCCAGAGAAACACGAUGGCGGCUCACUUCAUCUGGAGUCCUCGGAAAAGCAACCUCUUCGAUGUGACAAGGCUGGUCUGCCUCUGGUACCGCAACCGACAAACCGCACAGAUGAUCCUCUGACUUGGUCGCCAACUCUCAAGUUGCUCGUCACCUUGCAGAUCAGCUGGCUCGCAAUGUUGGGUCCCAUGGGGUCUGCGGUCGCGAAUCCGGCAUUUGUGCCCAUGAGCAAGACAUUUGGGCUCAGUGUUGUUGAAGCGUCCUAUGAGUUGACUGUUUAUAUUGUUUUUGGUGGCAUUGGACCCCUGGCUAUCGUACCCUUUGCCAAUGUCUACGGCCGCCGCCCAGUAUACUUGCUGGGAAAUUUGGUGGCAGCUGUGACCAAUAUUGCUGCAGGAUAUUGUCACACCUGGUCAGGUAUCAUGAUCACACGGGCAUUCAACGGUUUAGCGGGUGGCUCCACCGUCGCCAUCGGCGCCGCAACAAUCUGCGAUCUAUAUUUCCAACAUGAACGCGGUCUCUACAUGGGUAUAUACACGUUCUUCCUGACCAACGGACCCCAUGUGGCUCCUCUGCUUGGAGGUUUCAUCGCCCAGUCCUUGGGCUGGCAAGCGUGUUUCUACAUCCCCGGCUACAUCCAACUCGGCACCUUUGCUCUGACAAUAUUCUUGCUUCCUGAAACGCUGUAUCCGAGGAUGGAUGACUCUGCCCUGGAGCCGGCCAAAGAGCUCACAUAUCUGGAACUCCUGCUCUUCAAACGCACCAGAGCGGCCUAUCGGCGGCUGCGACCCCGUGACUUUACCCGGCCCUUCGAGAUGCUGAGGUACAUUGCUGUGAUCCUCCCGUCCGUCUACUACAUGACAUGCUUUGGCUAUGGCACAGUGCUCUUCGCACUGACCGGCGCAAAGCUCUUUGGCGAAUUCUACCACUUCGACAUCGCACAAACGGGUCUGUUGCUCAGCAUCCCACUUCUUGUUGGCUGUCUAAUCGGCGAGUUCAAUGCCGGCUGGGUGACGGACUGGAUGUCCAAUCAAUAUGCUCGGAAACACAAUGGCGAACGACUGCCGGAGGCUCGCCUGAAUGCCAUUUGGGGGGCGCUGUUGAUUCCAAUUGGUAUCAUCAUCGAAGGCGUUUGUCUGUCGCACAGCAAGACCGUCAGUUGGGUCGGUGCUGCCUUUGGCAUGGGCAUUGCGGGUCUGGGGUUGCAGAUAGCAACAACGGUGCUGUAUGCGUAUACCACCGACUGCUACAAGCCCCAGAGCGCCGAGAUCUCGACCUUGCUCAAUGUGUUCCGACAGUCCUUCUCAUGUCUGAUCUCCUUCUACGCUCUGCCUUUCGGUGCAAGAGUGGGGAUUCAAUACGCAUGGCUUACAUUUGCGCUGAUCAAUGUCAUUCUAUUGCUUCCAAUUCUCCUGCUGAGGGUUUACGGUCCGAGAUGGAGAAAUCUGCCGUCGCAGUCGCCGCCAACGUUUCACAAUGAGCUCUGA